AUGUCUGCAAACCACAAAAUCCAUUAUCACGAAAAAGAUGGUGAUAUUUUUCUUAAGGCCGAAAAUACAAUAUUUCUAAUUCAUAAAACAUUUCUUUCAUUAUCUUCAGAAUUCUUUAAAGAUUUAUUUAAACUCGCAAAACCUUCUUCUAAUGAAAAUGUAAACAUUAUUGACGGGACUACAAUCGAGAUGAAUGGUGAAACUUCUGAAUCAAUCGAAAGAAUGUUAUCAUUCAUUUAUCCGAAUACUUUUGUUGAAAUAACUUGGGAUAAUGUUGAAGAUUUGAAAAUGUUCUAUUAUCAUUUACCUUUGGCUGAUAAAUACUCGUUUCCUAAAGUAUUCAAAGAAUCUUCUAAACUUUUAUUAGAUGAUUUUCAAAAAUAUCGUUCAGAUCCCACCUAUGAUGAAUUAUCUCAAAGAGCUAAACUUAAACUAACGGAUGCUUGGUAUCAUUAUACAAACUCUUUACAUAUAUACUUUGGAAAGAACAGUCAUAAUAACGAGGCUAUGACUGUUGCAAUGCCUGAAAAUCACAAAAUCCAUUAUUAUGAAAAUGGUGGAGAUAUUUUCCUUAAGGCUGAAGAUAAAAUAUUUCUGCUUCAUAAAUCAAUUCUUUCAUUAGCUUCAGAAUUCUUUGAAGAUUUAUUUAAACUCUCAAAACCUUCUUCUAAUGAAAAUGUAAACAUUAUUGAAGGGACACAUCAAUCAUCAAAUACUUUUGCUACAAUCGAGAUGAAUGGUGAAACUUCUGAAUCAAUCGAAAGAAUUAAGCUUACAAAAAGCUGUUCUGUAUUUCUUUUACAACAUUGUCAAGAAGAAGUUUUAUUGUCAUUUACGUUAGCCGAGAGAUACAACCUUGGUACUUUAUUCAAGGAAUCUUCUAAACUUUUAUUAGAUGAUUUACAAAAAUAUCGUUCAGAACCUAUUUAUGAUGAAUUGUCUGAAAGAACUAAACUUAAAUUAAUGGAUACUUGGUUUCAUUAUACAAAUUCUUUACAUAAAUACUUUGUUAGCAAAAGAUCGACAAACAAUUCAUUUGGAGAAUUUCUAAAUUCUGAAUCUCCCAAAUUUUUUUUGAAACCCUCAAAGUUCUCUAAAUUUUUUAAAGAUUGUGAAUCUAAAUUUUAUAGCUGGCAUUCAAUAAAAAUCGAAGAAUUAUUAAAAAAUUACGAAAAGUUGAAAUUUCAACCAAUUCAAUUAAACGAAGCUAACGAAAGUAGUAAAAAUCAAUACAUUUUCAUUGAAUUGGAAAAUUAA